GUGUGCCAUUUUGGGAUGGAUGCCAACCUAGUUGGGGGUUUCCUUAGUUUCUCUGCUUCGCUGCAAACAGUGAUUCACUGAGCAUUGAGUAGUAGUGAUUGGAAAGAUGAACCAGAACCCGCAAUCAAGUGAUGGAAGGAACGAUGACGAUUCUGCUCUCUCUGAUUUCCUCGCUUCCUUAAUGGAUUAUACUCCCACUAUACCCGAUGAAUUGGUGGAGCAUUACUUGGCCAAGAGCGGUUUUCAAUGUCCCGAUGUUCGAUUGACUAGGUUGGUAGCUGUUGCCACUCAGAAGUUUGUAGCUGAAGUUGCAGGAGAUGCACUUCAGCACUGCAAAGCAAGACAAGCAACAAUUCCAAAAGACAAAAGAGACAAGCAGCAGAAGGAUAAGCGCCUUGUUUUGACAAUGGAAGACCUUUCAAAGGCAUUGCGUGAGUAUGGCGUGAAUUUAAGGCAUCAAGAAUAUUUUGCUGAUAGUCCUUCUACCGGAAUGGAUCCUGCUACUCGUGAAGAAUGAGUCCUUGUUUGUGUGUUCAGGCUUCUAAAAUGUCGUGUUUAGAGCAUAGUUAAUGGAACAAUUUUCAGGAUAUGAUGCUCAAACUAUAACAACCUCUUCCUCGAAUCUGCCAAAGCAAUGCAAUUGUUCACCACUAACAUUAAUGGUGCUUGUAGAAAUUCGUGAAUCUGAUUAUCAGCAAUGAACUCAUCUUAUGUUUCUCUGUUUUUUUUUUUUUUUAAAUGCCCCCCGUUUGUAUCAGCAAUGAAUUUUCACUUAGUAUGGGAUUUGACAUAAUGCAUUGUAGAAGUCAUAAAGGUUAUUAUGUCCAUCCGUUUUCAAUUAAUCUUUUUUUUCUCUCAGGAAAACAGAGACACUAACAGUAGUAUAUCGUGACUUCAUUUGUAAAACAACUUGCGUUUAGUCUGCAUCAUUGUUCUCCUAUUUUAUGUUAGCAAUAUUUGAUGUUUCAA